GAAGGAGGAAAAAGAAAUAGAAGCGGACAAAAUACUUCAUCAAGAGAAAAGUGAACCCAGCCUCAUCUGUCCCCCACUACGCAGCAGAAACUAUCUUCCUCCAGAGGAUAUACAGAGCUGCCUUGAGUCUCAUGUCAGGGAGAUUUUUGGACCCUCGCUUCCUGACAAUUGGCAGCAGACACCCCUCAAAGAAAACAGGUUAAAGUAUCGCCUCCUGGCUCAGCUGGCAGCAGAACUUGGUCAUGCUGUCCCCAAUUCACAGCUUCACCUGAUGUGCAGUGCUGAGGAUGUCUUGAAUUUCUAUAGCACUCCUGUGAAGGAUGUGUCCAAGUUUGAUGAACUGUGCGCUGCAGAGCUACCCCCAAACCUGAAGAUUACCUGGGAGCAGUGA